AUGAACAUCGUGCAAGAGCUCCAGAGACAUCCACUCGAUGACCGCGCCGAGAAGAUGUGGCAGAACAUGAGCGACAACUAUCAAGCACGACGGACUCGUCUGCAUCAGGCCAACUUUUUGUUCUUGAAGUAUCUCGGCAAGACAAUUCUUCAGGCUUGGGAGGCGACUGAAGCGGCCAUGAAGCAGAAGGGCAUGGCACUGGAAGAGCCGCAGAUAGUGCUGGACAUUAAGCAUAAUCUCGGUGAGGUCCAGGACGACUCCAAUCUUGGGCAAAGAGAGCCAUCUGGAAUCGCAAAUCAUACGCUGCAGGACAACACGGAAGCUCGCCUCCCUGAUGUAUCGGCCGUGCCAUACUUUACAAACUCACUCGGCAUGGAGUCCGUUGGCUAUAGAGAGAUGUUCGAAACCACCAUGUCUGGCUUCGGCACGGACUGGAUGGACUGUGCGACCAUCUUUGGCAUGUAA